AUGACUUUCCAAAUUCGCCGAUACCGUACUUCAAUUACACUAUGCUGUCUGGUGGUUAUUCUAUUUUUUGCAAAUGUUUCAAUUCAUUCCAAAAACCAGACCGAUUUGGAAAAAUUACAGAACAAGCACGUCGAACCAGAUUUUUCAAUUACAAAAGAGUUGCGAAUGCUGCGAUUGGCUUUUUUAAAAUGGAGAGCGUGUAUGAGGGAAUUAUUGCAAGAUAAUAAUAUAUCGCUAGAUGACAUGGACCCCGAAGAUCCUCAAUAUAGCUAUUUGCAAUGGUUAGUUAGUGAAGCAGAAAAAAAGAAUAAGGAGGAGGAAAGUAACACUGGAGAACUUUUUGAUAGUUUGUGGCACAAGUUAGGAUCCUACACAGACAAAUGUCGUUCAUCAACUGAUUUGUGGCAUAUGGAACCUGAAAUAGUUUCUGGAACAGCUUUGAAAUUUUUCACUCCAAAUCCAACAGACACAUCAGCCACAUUUGUAAGGGUUGGAAUUGGUGCAAAUGUUUCUAUUGAACAGUAUUUCAAGAAAAAAUUGUCAGCGGAUUCUGAGUUUUUUGGGGCAGAUCCGGCUUUCAUGGAAAAUUCGCAAAUUUAUUCAUCAAUCGGGACGUUCUUCCCGUUUGCGGUUGGAAAUGAGACUGGACUAAAACAAGCAACACUUAAAUUCUCAGUCGAACGAAUGUCUUCGAAGUUUGUCAACCACAUUGGGAUUGACAUUUUCUUCAAAAAUCUCAUUCGAAAGGAUAUAAUUGAUUACUUAAUUUUUGAAGGCGACGGUGGAGAAUACGACAUGAUGUCUCAUCUUGCUAGGAACGGUACACUAGAACAAGCAGGAAUAUCAGUAUGUCAAAUCAAUAUUGAGUAUCAUUUACCAAAAGAAAUGAACGAUCCACGCAAGGAAAUUUUUCGACAGCACAUUUUACAGUUCAUCAGAGAUAAAAAAUACACACUACAUUCUGUAACAAAUAUGGGUAAUUUGAGAGUCUUCUGGGUAAACACGUCGUCUUUGGAGUGUGCUCGGAGAUAUUUAGAAAAAACAUUUUUAAAUGAUAUAGAUUUAGUAUAAUUUUGUUAAUAAAUUGUUCAAGUAA